AUGUCGAUGGAUGGCGCGAGCACGGGCUACAUCCUCGUCAGCAUGGCGCUGGUCCAGUUCAUGACGCCAGGCCUGGCCCUCUUCUACGGAGGCCUGGUGCGCGAGAGCAGCGUGAUCACCAUCAUGAUGCAGAAUUUCGCGACAAUGGGCCUGGUGACUGUGCUUUGGUUCCUGUUCCUCUACUCCAUGUGUUUCGGGGAGACCCUGGAGAUGUUCGGGAACCCGGCCACCUUUGCGGGCUUCAGUGGCGUGAGCAUGCACUCCGAGGGGCCCGCGUCCGGCAUCCCGCACCUGCUGUUCGCUGGCUACCAAGGCAUGUUCGCGGUCAUCACCCCGGCGCUGAUGACGGGCUGCUUCGCCGACCGCUUCCGCUUUGGUCCCUACAUGGCCUUCGUGACGCUCUGGAUGGUCCUCGUGUACGCCCCGUUCUGCCACUGGGUGUGGGGAGGCGGCUGGAUGUCCGAGUGGGGCGUGUGGGACUUUGCUGGCGGCAUCGUCGUGCACAUCACCGCCGGCUUCUCCGCGCUCGCGAGCCUGGUCGUGGUGGGCCGCCGAGCCGUGCCCGAGGGCAUGAGCCAGCAGGACAUGGACGUGCCUCACAACAUCCCCAUGGUCGCCACGGGCACCGCCAUCCUGUGGUUUGGCUGGUUCGGCUUCAAUGGCGGCUCCGCGCUUGCCUCCGACGGCAUCGCCGUGGCGGCGGCUGUCAACACCGAGAUCGCCGGGUCCGUGGCGUGCUUCGUGUGGAUGCUCGUCGAUUGGGCCAUCAACAAGAAGCCAACCCUCGUCGGCAAGUGCGUGGGGGCCAUCGCCGGUCUCGCGACCGUCACCCCCGCCGCCGGCUUCAUCCAGCCGUGGGGCGCCUUCGUGAUCGGCGUCGUGGCGGCGCUGGCGUGCUACGGCCUCUGCGAGCUCCGCAAGAAGCUGCGCGUCGACGACGCGCUGGACGUGUGGGGCGUCCACGGCAUGGGCGGCUUCAUGGGCACCUGCCUGCUGGGCCUGCUGGCCGACCCCGCGGAGUGCGGCGAGGGCGGCGCUCAGCCCAGCUGGUGCGUGAACCCGGGCACGGUGACGCGUUCCGGCGAGCAGUUCGGGAAGCAGGUGGCGGCGGCGAGCCUCUGCGCAGCCUACUCCUUCGUGGUCACCGUCGUGCUCCUCAAGGUCAUCGGGCUCGUGCGCCCCAUCGUGCCCACCAGCGAGGAGCAGGAGAACAUGGACCUGGCCAUGCACGGCGAGCAGGCGCACUCGCCCGCCAAGGCGUACACUGCCACGCCUGACGUCAAAGUCUGA